UAUCUAAAUUCAGCGCGCAAAAACAACAACUCUCGGCACUAUCUGUUCUUCAUUCACUCAUUUUACACUUGAGCUUUAGGGCAGACUUUACAUAAUGACAUAUUUAUAAUGGAAAUUACAAGUGCAGUGUGAAGAUGGACAAUGACAAAUGCAAGGCCAUGCACGUCAGAUAAAGGUACUCGAGAACGCAUACACGAUCCGCUGCAAAUCACAGUAACAGUUAAAUCUCAGUAGGAAAAUUGUCAUCGCAUGCUGAUGCCUUUUAAACACACGCUAAAUUUCGAUAGAAGUUCACCUGCAGGUAGUUGGGAAAUGUUUUCAUAAAUAUUAUGCCUUUAACAAUUCAAUCAAGUUCGGUCGGUGACAUCAAAGCGAAUUAUAUUAAAUCUAUCAAUUUGAGAAUUUGGUGGUAAUUUUCACAGAGCACGCCUUUCGUCUCCCUCUUUCGUCUCUCAUCCAACCGGCAAACCUCAACUGAUCCAAAAACAAAUCACAUUCGGGCACAAACGGACUUAAGAUCAUAGUGCUCCAGGAGAAACCUUUCAAAGUAUUGGUUUCGGUAGACCAACAACGAUAUGUGUGGCACACAAUGAGAUGAUUUGCUGUGUACAGGAUCGUCGUUUGUGUGAAACCGGUGUGUCAAAUAUACGAACAACGGCAGCAGUCAUACAAGCCCGAGCGUCAACACCGCUGGCUAUGCUAGCUGCGACUUGCAGCAAAAUUGGACAACAGACAUCGCCGCCUUUAGCUGAAAUUACACUAGGAAAGAGAUUUCAUCCUUGCAAGACUGAAAACACCGCAGCAACCAUGGUUUCGAUCAACACUGCCAUACCCAAAGAUCCAUCGCUUGUCCUCGCACCUAAUCCAUAUCAAACUUAUUCGAGAAAUUUGGACCACAGGCCUGAGUUAUGUAGGGCAACAAGUUACGGUAUGAAUGGGAUACAUUUGGGAUUAACAGAGAAUUACAAUGGACCAGCAGUAGCAAGAAUCCACACAUCUCCCGAGCUGCUUUUCAAUCUUCAUUCACCUCAUCAAUGCUCGCUUGGAGAGGAGAGUCCGACAUCUAAAACGCCGACAAGAUUUGAAACACCACAACCCGGUGGAUCAUUCUGGGAUGUUCAUACAGCAGCAACAGGUGGUUGGUUAGAGCCACUGUCACCCGGUGGUGCCCAUCAUAGAUUGAACCAAUUUCCAGGUUAUCCCGAGUACCAACCGUCUAAAGCAAGAAGUAUGCUGACCAGAACCCCUCAAAUUGGUACUAUCUAUCCAUCGUCGCCACUCCCAUCUCCUUAUACGCGAGAAUCUCACAAAUCCAACUUACCAACGUACAUAGAUCCACCGACGUACAUCACAUCUACGGCACCUUACAUCCAGGCAACUCCGAUGACGAGUCAAAGAGCGACAAGGCGUUACACAGGUAGAACAACAUGUGACUGUCCCAACUGUCAAGAGAACGAGCGGCUGGGAGCGUUGGGAGUACCAUUCAAAAAGAAAACACAACACAGUUGCCAUAUUCCAGGCUGUGGUAAGGUUUACGGAAAAACGUCGCAUCUCAAAGCUCAUCUACGCUGGCAUACGGGUGAAAGGCCUUUUGUGUGCAACUGGUUAUUCUGCGGGAAACGUUUUACUCGUUCUGACGAGCUGCAAAGACAUUUACGGACGCAUACAGGAGAGAAACGGUUUGCUUGUCCUGUCUGCUCCAAACGUUUUAUGCGAAGCGAUCAUUUAUCAAAGCAUGUCAAGACACACAGUGGCAACAGCAAGAAGGGAAGUAAUGACAAGACACACGAGGAUAAAGAUGGAUCGAGCUACGAUAAAACAGGCGAACAUGGCUCACAAGAUGAACGCGAGGAGCCUGUCACUGUAGGCAAAACAGAGUGAACAUAAUAAAUGAAAUUGUAUGUUUUAAAACCAAGAUGAUGUGUGACUUCUAGGCGAACAGGAUGUAUUUAUUUGUAAAUAAAUAUGUAAAUUAUAAACGAGUUCACAAACAUAUUGAAAUCAUGGCAUAUUUGCUUGGUGACAGAAUAAGUAUUGCUCUGGAAUAUUUCAAUAUAAAUAUGAAAGUGCUUGUUUAGAAGGAUCUCGAAACCGACAACUUCGUAUGCACUGGUCAAAUCCUCCUCCACUCCUGCGAAAAUCCUUAUGAUACCAAGGGAAAUACGAUUUACGUACCCCAAUCAAACUUUCCAAAAGAUUGCCACGAAACUAAACAUUAGAGACAACAUGCUGGGAGGAGGGGUGAUCGAAACAAAUACAGACUAUGUAAUGAGUAUAAUUAAAUGUUUAUGGCGUUGAA